AUGGCGUCACAGCUUAGAGAAAUCUUUCAGCCCAACUCCCCACCAAAUGACCUUGAAAUAGGCAAUCUAGAGUUUAUUCCCACCCUUGGUUCUGCUGUGCAGUCUGGGGAAGACACCUAUAACUCCCCAGUUUCUCAGCUCAAUAUUCCUCCAAAUGACAAUAGCUCCUGGGCAAAGCAGGAGCUCCAAAGCCUGUGGGAGAUGUUUACCUCAUGGUUGCAGCCAGAAAAGCAGAGCAAGGAGCAGAUGAUUUCUCAACUGGUCUUGGAGCAGUUUUUCAAAAUUGGCCACUACAAGGACAAGGUUGCCUUGAAAGAAAAGUGGGAAUCAAGUGGCAGAAACAAGGAAAGAUUCAUGGAAGGUCUAACUGAUGACUGCUUGGUGGCUCCUGUCAUGGUCCAUGUCUCCAUGCAGGGGCAGGAAGCCCUCUUUUCUGAGAACAUGCCCUUAAAAGAAGUCAUCAAGUAUUUGAAACAACAGCAGUCAGCAACAAUUCCAACACAAGAGAAUGCAAGGACAUCUUUGCAGAUGCCCCAACACAUGUUAACAGUUUCAUAGACUCUUAUUUCCACAGGAUAUGAAGACAGUGAAAAAGGCUGCAACAAUUUCUGGAAUGCAAGUGAAAUAAACAGUGGUGUGAAUAGUGCAGAACAGGAGAAAGAGCUCCUUAUUAUCCAAGCAGAACAAAACCCUGAGCAUGAAGACGGAGGUUCUUUUUAUGAAAUUCCUCAGGGUGUCAGAAGAGCAAAUGAAGACACCUCCAGCAACGAGGUAGCGUUCCUGAGGGCACAUUCUUCUGAAGAGGUCCCUAUGGAUGUACAAUCAGGAUUUUUCUCCAGGUCAGAAGAGACUGAAGACAAAGAAGAUGGGCACAACAUAUUCUGGAAUGCUAGUGACCUAACUCCUGGUGUUAGCAGUCUUGAAAAUGAGAACUCUCCUCUCAUUAUCCCAAUAGAGGAGUGUCUUGAGCCUGAAGAGGAAGGUGUUUCUAAUGGAAUCCAGGACAAUGCUAUAAGAGCAACUCAAGGCACCUCUAGGUCUCUAGAAGAGUCACCCAGGGCAUCUUCUGAAGAUGUCCCAGUGAAGGCACCAGGGCUCUCCAGGCCAGACCUGGCUCCUUCUGAAUCUGUCACUGUUUCCCAAAAUCAUGAAGCAAACUCUGUCUGUGAAGGUCAGCAGGAGACACUCCACCAAGACUUCAAAACACACAAAUGUGAUGAAUGUCCCAAAACCUACAAAUAUGCCUCUAGUCUUUCAGCUCACCAGAGAAAACACAGGAAGGGGAGGGAAUUUUUCUGUCCCACGUGUCAUAAAGGCUUUUAUAACCGCUCAGACCUGCGAGUUCAUCAGGUCAUCCAUAAUGGAAAGAAGCCUUUUACAUGCAACAGGUGCAAAAGAUCCUUCAGCCACAAGACCAACCUGAAGGCUCACGAGAGGAUUCACACAGGGGAGAAGCCCUACACCUGCUCUUCGUGUGACUGUAGCUUCCGCCAGUCAUCCACAUUCCACCGCCACAUGAGGAAUUUCCACAAAGAGUCACCCAGGGCAUCUUCUGAAGAUGUCCCAGUGAAGGCACCAGGGCUCUCCAGGCCAGACCUGGCUCCUUCUGAAUCUGUCACUGUUUCCCAAAAUCAUGAAGCAAACUCUGUCUGUGAAGGUCAGCAGGAGACACUCCACCAAGACUUCAAAACACACAAAUGUGAUGAAUGUCCCAAAACCUACAAAUAUGCCUCUAGUCUUUCAGCUCACCAGAGAAAACACAGGAAGGGGAGGGAAUUUUUCUGUCCCACGUGUCAUAAAGGCUUUUAUAACCGCUCAGACCUGCGAGUUCAUCAGGUCAUCCAUAAUGGAAAGAAGCCUUUUACAUGCAACACGUGCAAAAGAUCCUUCAGCCACAAGACCAACCUGAAGGCUCACGAGAGGAUUCACACAGGGGAGAAGCCCUACACCUGCUCUUCGUGUGACUGUAGCUUCCGCCAGUCAUCCACAUUCCACCGCCACAUGAGGAAUUUCCACAAAUAG